AUGGAUGUCCCAGUAAAGCCAAUCGACAGCUGGUCAAGAGGAAUGCGCCGUCGUCUUCUGAUGGAAUCGUCCUUCGACUCUCUUCACCAAGCACUUUCACUCGAAAUAGAAGCUCAGGCCUCAUGGGCUAGCGACUGCUGUUCAAAGAUAAAUUUCUCACCAGAAAGGACAUCUACAUUGCCUUUUGACUCACAGCAGCUUCCUUUGCUCUCAUUCGGAACUGACUCCUCAUUAACUCAUCAGGAAGAUAUGUUUCUCCAUGGAGCAGAACUCAGGGAUGGACUUGAUCACAAAAACCUAGCCAAAAAUGACUCUAGUCUUGACUCUAUUCAAAACCUGAGUGCCCUGUCACAUGAAUCAACGUCGAAUGGUCGAGUAGGUUCCAUGAGUACAAUAGCCUGCUUGCAUGGUGAAUUGAAGAAAUUGCUUUUACACGGCCGUGAUCUACCGGCUUGGGCAGCCUGGUUGGAUAGUCUAGUGCAGCGCAGUCUCAUUGGUCGCGGCUGUGGUCCCAGGCGUGCUAGUGCAGCUCGUCAGCUCAUGUUAGUUUGGACUUAUUACAGCUCUCUCCUGAUGAGAGAGUUAACCUUACGCUCAGCCAGCACCUUCGGCAGUUGUCACCUUCUUAGACUACUAUGCGAUGAAUAUCUCUCCUUCCGGCUAGAACAAUUGGCAUCAAGCCCACUGACAAGUCUUCCUGCCGAGUUGACAAAUCUUCUGCCAGUAAUUAAAACUGAGCAACUACUACCGAGGAUAAACAACGGCGAUCAAUCCAUCUGUUCACCAACAUCUCAACUAGGCCUAAUUUCACAGGAGUCCUCAGUACAAUCUAUGACGGAGGAGGCAAUAGGGGUAGUAUCAAACAUGAAAACAAUGCUGCUUAACUCGGGACUAGCUUCUGGGUCCCGACGAGAGAGUGAAAACUCUUUCCACUCAAGUACGCAGCAGGCAACUAUGAUGAUGAUGAUGAUGGCGGCAGCAGGUGCUUUUGUUGGAGGAAGAGGCGAUGCUGGAAUAGAAGGAGUUGCUAAUGUGUCUGGAAUGGAAGGAGCCAAGCUAAUCGGGCUUUCUAGCGGUGUACCAGAUGGGUCUGUCCCUAGCUCAAGUUCACCGAUAACUUGUCUUGGUGCUAAGGGCCAUAUAGGGCUUCAGUCUGCCUUUUGGUCUUCCACCUCCCUUUCGGGAUACUCGGAUUGUCCACAAGGAGAGUAUCAUAUUCCAGGAUUACUGAAUGAGGCACUCGUUAGUUCGAGCCCAGCAGCGGUUGCUGCAGCCGCGGCUGCAGCUGCGGCUGUAGCAGCAGCAGCCGUUUCUAGGGAUCCAAUGAUAAGCUCCUCUGCUGUACCAGCAGGUGAGCUGGGAAUGAUCAGCACUUGCACUUCCUCCGAGGGUGGAAUUGCAGAAAAUCUGAUGCUAUUCCAGGCAUCCGACGAGCCAUGCUCUGAUGCUGAACAGGAAGAGGGUGCAUGUGUGGAUUCUGUAAAUUCAGAACAGGCUGUUGCAGUUGCUGCCGUCUCUGUAGAUGAAACCAUAGUAGCUGCGGUGGCAGACCCCGAAGCUGGAGACUCGAAUGACUGUCCACGAGAAGAAGACCCUCUACUAAUAUAUGCGACGCCUACAGAGUCAUCUAGCCCCGGUUUAGCAAGAGAAUGCUUCUUAACUAUCAUGGAUGAAGAGGAGGUUGAUGAUAAAGAGGAAGUAGAUGGUGAAAAGGAGAGAGAAGAACAUGAAGGAGAAGAUGAAGGGGAGAAUGAGGAAGACGUAAGAGAAAGAAAAAAAGAUAAAGCAAACAAAGCAAGAGACAAAGGAGAGGGGAAUGAAUCAUUGGAUAGGGCCACUAAUGGACUCAGUCUAAACCUUGGAGACGUACACUCUGGAGAGAUUCUGCCGCAUAGGCAUGGACGAUCUCGACAGUCCCGUACACAGCCGCAUCUUGACACUCAUAUGUUACACUUAGACUCGCUGUUGCAGUCCAGUGAACCCAGAACCCGUCUUAUUUCAAAGGAUUGUGCUAUUAAGCCAUUUAGAUUUGACGUUUCUAGGCGUGGCUAUUGGGAGGUCCCUAGUCUUUGCUCGCCCAAGAUGAAUUCGGUUGGACACAAGAACUCAAUUCCUGAACUUUCGCUGCAAAAUUUUUAUUCUGCCCCGGUCUUCCCACCUAGUGCUAAUGACCCACUAGAAAACAUAUUCGGUGAGCAGGUAACCACACCUAGGUCUAUAUCUGAUGUAUUCCUCAAUCAGGCUGAGGAAAACGAGCUUUCAACACUAGAAAUGGAAGGUAUGGAUACGGAAGUUACCGAAGAAGAAGUCGAAAAUCAAGAUGGGCAAACGGACGAGGAAGCACACGGAAUAAGAAAAAAACUUGACUUCAUUUCAAACGUAUCCUUUGCAGAUAUGACUAUGCCAGAAAAUUCAUAUUGUUGGCCAGAUGAGCUUAUAGAAAAUAAUGAUACUCAUCAGUUUUUGGCAGAUUCCCAGGACAACAUUCCUGAAAAGAGGUCUAAAAGGCUCUGUCAAGAAAAUGUUUUGCUUCAAGAAAACAAUUCGGAAAGACAUGGCGGUAAAGCAGCCGUUUUGCAUACUAGAUUACGUCUAGACACCAUAACUGGAUUCACGUAA